UUCUUUCUUUCUUUCUUAAACAGACAGCAGCUCCUUCAAGUUUCAACCACCACCCAUGACCUCUUUAACCCGCAACUCCAAACCACGUUUUCUUAUAUAAAUACACACACUUCUACUCUUUACUAAUACACAUAAAACUGAAACUAUAAAUGGCGUUUCACGAUCACGAAAUGUCUUUCGAGUCUUUCACUGACCACCACCACCACCACCAACAACAACACCACCACCACCACCACCACCAGCAUCAGCAGCAGCAACGGUUGUCCGGCGCCGUUGUCGACGUGUCAUCCGGCGGAGGAGGAUCCGGGGCACCCACAUGGCUUAGCAACGCGAUUUUGCGGCAACAGAGCAGUAAUAAUAACAACAACAAUUCUUCUUCUUCGGUGCUUCACGACGGAAACGACGACGUACAUGCGGGGAGCACGAACCACCGUGGUGGUGGCGGCGGCGAUCGGAACCGGACGGAGAGUGAAGAUUGUGAAAGAGAAGAGAGGUGGGAGUGGGAGAGUGCGAAGUAUAAAGGGGAUAUAGUGACGCACCCACUGUACGAGCAGCUCUUAUCGGCACACGUGGCGUGUCUGAGGAUCGCCACGCCGGUGGACCAGCUGCCGAAGAUCGACGCACAGCUCGAACAGUCGCAGCGCGUGGUGGCGAAGUACUCGGUGCUCGGCAACGGCGCGGUGGACCAGAAAGAGCUCGAUCAGUUUAUGACACAUUAUGUUCUAUUGCUCUGUUCCUUUAAAGAACAAUUGCAACAACAUGUCCGCGGUCAUGCCAUGGAAGCAGUAAUGGCUUGUUGGGAGCUUGAGCAGUCUCUACAAAGCUUAACAGGUGUAUCUCCAGGUGAAGGCACAGGUGCUACAAUGUCUGAUGACGAAGAUGACCAAGCAGAUAGUGACACCAACUUGUAUGAUGGAAGUCUGGAUGGACCUGACAGCAUGGGAUUUGGUCCUCUCAUCCCAACUGAAAGUGAGAGGUCCUUGAUGGAGCGUGUAAGGCAAGAAUUGAAGCAUGAGCUAAAACAGGGUUACAAGGAGAAGAUUGUAGACAUCAGAGAGGAAAUUCUACGCAAGAGAAGAGCAGGAAAACUGCCAGGUGACACCACCUCGCUCUUAAAAUCUUGGUGGCAAUCACAUUCUAAGUGGCCAUACCCCACGGAGGAAGACAAAGCAAGGUUGGUGCAGGAAACAGGCUUGCAAUUGAAGCAAAUAAAUAACUGGUUCAUUAAUCAAAGGAAAAGGAAUUGGCAUACUAACCCAUCAUCUUCUAACGUUUUGAAGAGCAAACGCAAGAGAAAGAAUUAAUGCAGGUGAAACCAGCAAGCAGUGCUUGUAACUGGACAAAUUGAAAGAGAAAACUACUUUGUAUAUACUUGUGUCAAAUCUUUUUGGAAGUUUAGUGUUGAAGCACACCAUUGUGAAGAUUACAAGACUUCUUAAAGAUCUUUAUUUUGUUCAUAUGGAUUAGUCUAAACCUGCCACUUGAUACCUAUGAGUAUUUGACCCACCACUGAUUGGUUCCAGUCGAUGACGAGUAUGCUUUACAUUUGAUCUCUGUACCACAAUCAUAUGUAAGUACUUGAAGCAUACAGGACUGGAAGAAAUUUAUCUGGAUAGCCUUUUUGUACCACCUGCGUGUGGAACUAGAUAGCAUAUUCUAUACCAGGUGACUCUACCUAUUAUUUCUGCUUUUGGCGUUUACAUCUGUGAAUUAUUAUGGUUAUAGAUUAUGGGUGCAUAACUAAGCUCAAAAGAUAAUACAGAAGUUAUGGAUAUAUAUAGUAAAAUCUUCUCAUUA